AUGAAUAAAGACUUGAACAGCCUGCGACAGCUCUCCGUGGCGCUGCUCUUCUUCGCCCUGUGCGUCGGGGUGCAGCGAUCCAACUCAGCGGCUUGCCAUGGAUGUGUGGGAUCCAAAUGUGACUGCAGUGGCGUAAAAGGAACCAAGGGUGAGAGGGGUUUCCCAGGUCUCACCGGACAGCCAGGCGUCCCAGGGUUCCCCGGACCAGAGGGGCCGAUCGGACCCAGAGGAGAAAAGGGAAGUGAUGGACCUUAUGGACUAGGUGGUCCAAAAGGAAUAAGAGGACCUCCAGGUUUGCCAGGAUUUCCAGGAACACCAGGACUUCCAGGUCUGCCAGGGCAAGAUGGACCUCCAGGCCCAAGAGGAACACCAGGUUGCAAUGGGACAAAGGGUGACCGAGGUUUCGCAGGAACUUCAGGAAUCCCUGGAUCGCAAGGACGGCAGGGUCCACCUGGUCUGCCAGGACAAAAGGGAGACCCAGGUGAUGUGAUUGCCACAAACAUUUUUGGAGAAAAAGGAGCAGUGGGAUUACCUGGAUUGCCAGGAACUCCUGGCGCUCCAGGACCCGCUGGGUAUCAAGGUCCAAUUGGCCCUGCAGGACCCAGAGGCUAUGAGGGCCCUCCAGGUCCUCCCGGUCUUCCAGGACCUAAAGGAAACAUGGGAUUGAACUUCCAAGGACCCAAAGGAGAUAAGGGUGAGACUGGUUUGCCAGGACCUCCCGGCCCUCCAGGGCAGGUUGGGGAACAGAAGAGACAGCCUGAGACACAGAUCCAGAGAGGAGACAAGGGUGACCCAGGAAUUCCCGGACCGUCAGGUGAUCCAGGCUAUCCAGGACCACCUGGUCCCUCCGGUGGCCAGAAAGGAGAAAAAGGAGAACUAGGAGAAGCUGGCAAACGGGGCAAACCAGGCAAAGACGGUGACCCCGGUACUCCAGGCUUCCCCGGAGUCAAAGGAGAGUCAGGCCAGCCAGGUCCUCCAGGCAGGGAUGGCGAUAGAGGACUAAAAGGUGACCGUGGAUACCCAGGACCCCCAGGAGUGGUUGGUGGGAACGGGGGAGGUCGGGUUGGUCCUAAAGGUGAGCCCGGGUUCCCAGGAAACCCAGGAAUCAAAGGAGAUAGAGGACCAACAGGUUUAUCAGGACCUCCAGGAGUGCCAGGGCUUCCAGCAUCUGGUGGCAGUGGUGGGCCUGGAUCUCCAGGCUACCCAGGAGAGAGAGGUCAGAAGGGAGACCCUGGCGCUCCAGGACUCUCCCUUCCAGGUUCCCCUGGUCGUCCAGGAGGUCAAGGACUCCAAGGUCCAUCUGGGCCCCCUGGACCUCCCGGCUAUUCCUCUGCAGGAAACUGCCUUCCUGGAGAGCCUGGGCGUCCUGGCGUGCAAGGAGAUAGAGGUUACCCAGGAGAAACGGGUCAGAAAGGUGAUAAAGGCGACACCUGUGUGAACUGCUUUGGUGGCACCAGUGGCAUCCCUGGACCCCAAGGACCUGCAGGAAAGCCUGGAUUCCCAGGAUCUCCUGGCAGCCCAGGUACUAAGGGAGACAGAGGAUUCCCAGGAACACCUGGUUCAUCUGGCCCCGCUGGUUCCCCCGGUUCUCAAGGUUCUCCGGGAUUCCCUGGAGAGAAGGGAGACCCAGGCGAUGCAGUCACUGUCAGCGGUGGGAGGGGAGACAAGGGUGACACUGGCUUCCCUGGAUCACCGGGUCUGCCAGGUCUGGACGGUCGACCUGGUCGCGAUGGACAACCUGGAAAUCCUGGACCAAAAGGAGCUUCUGGCUCUUUGCGGGUGAAAGGAGAGAUAGGGCCCCCCGGUGUGUCAGGUUCUCCAGGGCUGCCAGGAGACAGGGGUCCUCCAGGUACCCCUGGUUUUGGACCUCAGGGACCUUCAGGAGAGAAGGGUAUCCAGGGCGUUUCAGGAAGACCCGGAUCGUCUGGUGCACCUGGUGCUAAAGGUGAGCCAGGUCUGACGAUAGCAGAGAAAGGCCUGCCAGGACCCACAGGACAGGAUGGCGAUCCAGGACUGCCCGGUGGACCAGGUAGCCCAGGUCAGCCCGGGCAGCCUGGUUUCCCUGGAUCACCAGGAUCAAAGGGUGAACCUGGACUCCCAGGGAUCGGACUCCCAGGACAACCAGGAUCUAAAGGAUUCCCAGGUAUCCCUGGCCAGCCAGGAAGCCCAGGAGGACCAGGCAGACCUGGAGUGGACGGCCUCCCCGGCCAGCCUGGAUUCCCCGGAGGCAAGGGUGAACCUGGCUUUGGACUCAAUGGUCCUCCCGGUUUACCAGGAGUACCCGGUGGUAAAGGAAUACCUGGACCAAAGGGAGAUUCUGGUCUCCCUGGUGGCCCUGGAUCACCAGGGCGAUCUGGAUUUGAUGGUGGCCCAGGACCUAAAGGUGACUCCGGUUUACCUGGUAUUUCUGGAGCUCGUGGCCCACCUGGAUCUCCCUCUCCUGGUUCAGUUGGGUCCCCAGGCUCCACUGGACCGCCAGGCCCAAUGGGUCCACCAGGUUUCCCAGGAUCAAAUGGAGAGAAGGGAGACGCCGGUGGUCCAGGUUUAGAUGUCCCAGGACAGCCAGGAGACAGAGGAAGUCCAGGUUUCCCAGGUUCCCCAGGACCAGUUGGUUCCCCUGGAUCCCCUGGAGGAUCUGGACGGGAUGGUCUGCCUGGACUACCAGGUACCAAAGGAGACAUGGGUCAAAUGGGAGCUCCAGGACCUAGUGGAGGACCCGGUGGCCCUGGAGGACCAGGUGGUCCAGGAAUUAAAGGUGACUCUGGAUUCCCAGGUAGGGAUGGCACGCCCGGUGGCCCAGGUUCUAAAGGAGAGAGGGGUGACCCUGGUCUCCAGGGACCUCCAGGACCCGCUCAGUCACCAGUGGCCUUGAAGGGAGCCAAAGGAGACUCAGGACUACCAGGUUCACCAGGUUUUCCAGGUCAGAAAGGUAUUGCUGGUGUCCCCGGUGACUCUGGAGUGCCAGGAUCAGAUGGACGUCCUGGACUUCCUGGACCAUCAGGUCCUAAGGGAGAUGCUGGCAUCCCAGGAUCCCCAGGAGGUCCUGGAGCUACGGGACUGAAAGGCAGUAUGGGAGAAAUAGGAUUUCCAGGACCGUCUGGGCAGAAGGGUUUAUCAGGUCAGUCAGGUCGGUCAGGAGCCCCAGGACUGCCAGGAGCACCUGGUUUCCCUGGAGCCAAAGGUGAUCCAGGUAGUGCUGGAGUUGGAGCACCAGGGCAAGCAGGAGCCAAGGGUGAGCCAGGCCAGCCAGGGUUCCCAGGAAGUCCAGGACUGAAAGGAGGUCCAGGAUCAUCUGGUCUCCCAGGUUUACCAGGAGGACCAGGAACCAAAGGCGACCCUGGCCUCCCAGGAUUCCAAGGUUCUCCUGGUAUUCCUGGUCCUAAGGGUCUUGAUGGUGGACCCGGUGCCCCAGGUCUCAGUGGAGCUCCUGGUAGACCAGGAGAGUCUGGCCGACCAGGAGGACCAGGGUUCCCAGGAGACAAGGGUCAGCCAGGUCGGGAUGGGAUCCCAGGACCGGCUGGAGUCAAAGGAGACCCAGGGCCUCCUGGUUACGGUGGUCCAGGUGCCCCUGGGUCUCCAGGAUUUCCAGGUGCUAAGGGAGACCCAGGUCUUCCUGGCCCAUCCGGCAGCCCUGGUUUCCCCGGUUCAAAAGGAGACAAUGGCUUCCCUGGCCUACCUGGUGCUUCAGGCAACAGUGGCCCUCCUGGGCCUCCCGGACUGGCUCUGCAAGGCCCCAAAGGACUCCAAGGACCUCCAGGACCACCUGGAAGAUCCGGUCCCCCAGGUCUUCAAGGUGGACCCGGCCCAGAUGGUCCUCGUGGACAGCCAGGAAGUGGCGGCAUCAAGGGAGAAAAGGGUAUUGCAGGCGCUCCCGGACAGCCGGGUUUCCCUGGACAGAAGGGAGAUCUUGGUAAUCCAGGAUUCUCGGGUCCCUCUGGUAUUCCUGGUGGCCCUGGUUCGAAGGGAGACAUCGGUCUGCCUGGCGUUCCCGGAUUCCCUGGACCGAAGGGAGACUCAGGAAUUCCAGGAUCUAGCGGCCUUCCUGGAGAUCCUGGUGAUGUCGGACUUCCUGGACCUCAAGGUGAUCCUGGUGUAUCUCCAGCCCCUAUUGUGGUGAAAGGAGAACGAGGACCCCCCGGUCCUUUAGGCCAGCCUGGUGGACCGGGAUCACCUGGCGCCCCUGGACGUGAUGGUAGCCCAGGUCAGGCUGGUGAUCCUGGAGACUCUGGUCCAGAGGGUCCCCCUGGAUUCAGCGGCCCACCAGGCAGGAAGGGAGACAAUGGACCCUCCGGUCAGCCUGGUGCACCUGGCUACCCUGGUCCCCCUGGUUCAGACGGCCCACAGGGUCCUCCCGGUCCUCCAGGAUCAGUUUCAGCAGCCCACGGCUUCCUCAUCACCCGACAUAGUCAGGGUUCGGAUGUGCCAUUCUGUCCUGAUGGUACUGGCCUAGUCUACGACGGAUACUCGCUGCUGUACGUGCAGGGCAAUGAGAGGGCACACGGACAGGACCUUGGCACGGCCGGCAGCUGUCUGCGCAGGUUUAGCACCAUGCCCUUCAUGUUCUGCAAUAUCAACAACGUCUGCAACUUCGCCUCCCGCAACGACUACUCCUACUGGCUGUCUACACCCCAGCCCAUGCCCAUGUCCAUGGCCCCCAUCACUGGAGAGGGCAUCAAGCCUUUCAUCAGCAGGUGUGCAGUGUGUGAAGCUCCAGCCAUGGUGAUUGCAGUCCACAGUCAAACCAUCCAGAUUCCCACUUGCCCUGCGAACUGGGCGCCUCUGUGGAUAGGAUACUCUUUCAUGAUGCACACCAGUGCAGGUGCGGAGGGCUCUGGCCAGGCCCUGGCCUCCCCCGGUUCCUGCCUGGAAGAGUUCCGCAGCGCUCCCUUCAUAGAGUGCCACGGCAGGGGGACAUGCAACUACUACGGCAACUCCUACAGCUUCUGGCUGGCCACUGUAGAAUCCAAUGAGAUGUUCAGGAAGCCCCAGUCGGAGACUCUGAAGGCGGGUAACCUACGGACGCGGGUCAGCCGUUGCACGGUCUGCAUGAAGAGGACGUAA